CUCUCAACAAUCCCUUCGCUGAUUCCUGAACCGCGCGCCAGCCCGCCACGCGCCAAGCGGGCCGUGGAUCCUGAUCCUAUUCCUCAGCAGGUGUCUGCACCAAGGCCAGUAACUUGUUGUCCACCUGAUUGCAGGGGCCAGAGCUACAAGUCUUGUCUCAGCCACCCACCUCCAGUCACGCCAAGGUCGAAGAGUUACUGCAAUGGGCUCUCGAUCGCGUGCAUGAGGGUAACAUCCGACUGCAGGAGCACUUAGAGCAGGAGCCGAUACAUACCACGAGGUUACAAUCUCCGCCCGAGGACUCGCCAGAUAUGCGGAGAGCCCAACACCAUCUGGAGGAACGCGAGGAACAGUCUCCGCCGAGAAGACCGUACCCAUUUCAUCAUGAGUAUGGAUAUUCUACGCAUUCCAAUGCCUCUCCAGAGGACUCUAGAAGAAAUCCCUAUGGCAUAGCGUCAAUAGCUGUCGGGGGCUCGCCACAGCAAACAGCAGCGCCCUCUGGAGCAAUGUACAUGCUUCCACAAUCACCACCAACACAGGCUACACAGCCAGUACACCCGACCAUAUUGCCUUCGCCAUCGUCGCUAAACUUCUCAAGUUCUCAAAGCCUGUCGUCAAUGACUCCGCCUAUCACAUACACUCACGCUUCGGCACAGAACACUCUCUUGCAGGACCUACAGCACCAGGUGACCAUCAAGACGCUAGAAUUCCGAACUCUCCAGCGCGAAUACGACAAUCUUCUCCAGAAACUCGAACGCCAGAAAACAAAAUGCGCCACUCUUGAAAAGAAGUUUGAAGUCAGUGACUGUGAGAUCAAUAGUUUGACGGACGAAAAGGAAAAAUUACAAAGUCAAGUGGUAGCCUUUGAAGGACAAGUCGAGGAGCUGCAGCAGAGCCGGGAUGAAGCUCGACGCCAGUUGAUUGCAAAUGGAGCACAGUACAUGCGCAUCAUGGAGAUGGCAAAUCGCCUGCAGUCUCAAGGAGCAGAUGACAAGAAAAAAUGGGACAUAGAGAGGAUGGAGUUGGAGCAGCGGAUCCGCGUGCUUGAAGAAGCCAUGGUGACUGGUGACCAGCAUCACGUCACACUAACACCUGGCUCAGAACACCAUGCAACCUCGAAUUAUUCCCCAGUACCGGGCGAAUCGACGCCCCAGAAUCAUGCUCCUUCGUCCUCGUCGCAAACCGAGACUGUUAAUGUUCUCCGAGCGGAAAUUAAUCGGCUCCGCUCCCGCACGCAGACACUCGAAAGUGCAGUCAGGACUAUGCAGCGGGAAAGCAAAUCGAUUCAAACGGCGGCACAGCAGCUUGUGGAUUCUAGUGAGAGAGUGAAGGAUGCGGCACGGGAUAUAAUAGGGGACGGCAAGUGA